GGCGCGCUCAGAGGCGCGUUCACGAGGUGUAUCAGUGUGUGAGCGAGAGCGGCGCUUCAUCCUCUCCGCUCAUUCACGAGACGACACAGCUGCAGUCAUGGCCUCCGGUGUGAAAGUCACAGAGGAAGUUAUCGCAGUCUUCAAUGACAUGAAGGUGCGUAAGGCUCAGGCGAAUGAGGAUGAGAAGAGGAAGAGAAAGAAGGCCAUCCUGUUCUGCAUGAGCAAGGACCUCAAGAACAUUGUCCUGGAUGACGGCAAAGAGAUCCUUCUGGGUGACUUGGGAACCACCGUCCAGGACCCAUACCAGCACUUUGUGAAGAUGCUGCCCCCAGACGACUGUCGCUACGCUCUGUAUGACGCCACCUAUGAGACCAAAGAAACAAAGAAGGAGGACUUGGUCUUUAUCUUCUGGGCUCCAGACAGCGCCCCCUUGAAGAGCAAGAUGAUCUAUGCCAGCUCAAAAGACGCCAUCAAGAGAAAAUUCGAAGGUAUUAAGCACGAGUGGCAGGUGAAUGGUUUGGAAGACCUUAAAGACCGGCACACCCUGGCAGAAAAGCUUGGCGGCUCAUCAGUAGUCAGCCUGGAAGGAGCCCCUAUAUAAAUACUCCCCUCCUCCUCCUCCUCCUCCUCUGGCUACGAUCGAGGCCUUUCAGACACAUCUGUUGGGUUUAGCUGUUCAUUCCAGUGUGGUUUGGAGACGGGCAAGAGCAGAACCUGCACCAUUUGCGUGACUCUCGGGGUGGGAUAUUGUGGGUGGGUUUGGGGGUCAAGUGACAGUUUUAAAAACAAAAAAAGAAAUUCCGCAAAUGCAGACUGUCAUUCCACUUCACGCAACAUAAAGAAUAUGAACAAAACACACACAAAGGAAAAAAUUAAGAUACAACUGAGGAAGGAUGAUGAUGUUAAAACUUAAAUACACAUAUUGUUCAUGUUUAAAGACAGGGUUUUGUUCUUUUUUUUUUUUUUUUUUUUUUUUUUUUUUUUUUUUUUUCAGGUUCCAUUUUAAUGAUUCAGAGAAAGGGACAGACAAUAACCGUUUUAGUUUUCCAAAUGUUGAAUCCUGACAUAAUCGUUCCAACUACAUUUUUUUGCCAAACUUCUAGUUAAGUUUUGUAAGUGUGUGUAGUUGAGACUAUUUAUAGUAUGAACUAAUUCAUAAGAUCUAUCAAAACCUUCUCUGGGGGGAACACGGUUAAAUAUAUAUAUAUAUAUUUUUCUUUCUUUUGUUUUGUUAUUCAAUUUGUUUUUGUUCGUUUUUUUCUUUUUGAACAUGCAAAUUCCAAAAAUUUGAAUGAUUCCUUUUAUUUUCCAGUUCUCGGUCAGAUAACCAUGGCAUUUGAUGUAGUUAACAGACAACAUUCCUUGUUCUUGUUAAAACCAGGAUCUCCUUGAAUUAAAAACUUUGGUGUUAUGAAGGUCUGAUGGGAGCGAUGUGUAUAUGAAGGAGCAGCGGUCAGAGUUAAGACUGAAUAUUGAAUGGUGGAUGUUUUGUAUCGUCUCCUUAUCUCUAAUAAAAAGCACUAAACUAC